AUGGCGCCAGCCGAGACCAAAAAGGCCGAUUCGGGCCCCCCCAAGCUUUCCGAUUACAACACAAUCCUCGACGAGAGCACAUUUGAGCAGAUCCUUGAGAUGGACGAUGAUGACGAGGACCGGGAUUUCAGCAAGAGCAUCGUUUACGGUUUCUUCGAUCAGGCUGAGAACACUUUUAAGAAGAUCCAGAAGGAAAUAGAUGACAAGAACCUCAACGAACUUUCUGCCCUCGGUCACUUCCUCAAGGGCUCAUCUGCCACACUGGGCUUGAUCAAGGUCAAGGACGGUUGCGAGAAGAUCCAGCAUUUCGGCGCUGGCAAGGACGAGACAGGUGCCGUCGACGAACCCGAUAAAGAGGUUUCCCUGAAGGCCAUCAAAAAGACCCUCGACGAAGUUGUGGUCGCCUACCGCAAGGUCGAGAAGCUCCUUCGCCGAUACUACGGCGAGGAAGUGCCAGAGGAGAAGGAGGAGCCCGCAGAGAAGCCCGCAGAGAAGCCCGCAGAGAAGGAAGAGAAGACGGAAGAGAAGCCUGCAGUGAAAGAAGAUCCCAAGGACACCAAAGAGACCACGGAGCCCAAGGAAACUAAGGAGACCAAGGACUCCGCUGAGUCCAAGCAGUCCAAGGAGCCGGAGGCCAAGGAAGCCUCGAAGUAG